AACACGGUCCUCGUCAAGUCUCACUCUGAGCAGAGUACACAGAUCGACAGAGACGAUACCCCGUACAAGUAGAUAGCAGUUCAUGUGCCGUCCGAUAUCGUCGUUUGAGAGAUAUGCCGUAACUCACAUGGCUCCUACGACAAAGGUCAUGUCUUCCACCCACGAGUACUGUCCGCUUCAGAUGUACAAGCGUCCUCGUGACACCCUUAGACACAUCAUGGGAUCUCUUCUCUUUUUGCACCAACCAAGCACCUCGGGCUCCAUUCCGGGGGAGAGUGAUUGGACACCGUCGAUGGGGGCGGGGAGGCAUUGGGUCAGAAUUUGUCACCCUCUUGGUCUCCCAUCUGCUUGGCACCAUCCCGGGUACAACGAUAAGAGUGCUUGUACAAGUAUAGAGAUGGGAGCUCCACGGGGAAAGAUCGUAGGAUUCUCUGCGUCAUUAGUACAGCCUCUAUUACGCCGUAGACACAAAGUACAUGUACGUGGUUGUACUCUAUACGGCAGGUCAAGGUCACCGCAAAGCCGUAGGCAAGUUGCCCAAGGCAAGGCAGAGCGCAUAUCGCCCCCAUCGGCGGUAGGCAAGGAAGGGGGCAAGAAUGUCGGCCGCCGCUCGUCGGUCGUAGGAGAAGCAAGAAGCAAUACAUGAAGGAUCGAGCCGGGCGGCGCCUUUGGCGGGCUUAGAGAAGGAUAACGCCG